CUGUUGUUGUUGAUCCCACUUGCUGGGAGGACCUGCGCACUUUUGAAGAUGUUGUCUACCCAACAUUUUUAGAAGCUGCUAAGGUUAGAGGACUAAUGUCAGACGAUGUAAUUUGGAGAAGAACGAUUCAAGAAGCUUUUGAUUCUAAUAAGCGCAUUCAACAGCGCAUUCGUUGGCUUGCCAUGUUUUUUGGAUCUACGAAUCUGACUAAUCCGACUGCUUUGCUAGACUAUGUUAUUCAAUUGCCGGAAGAUUGGCUUUAUGGGACUCGUGUUGCUCAACUGGAUUUUGAAGCUAGACGCGAUUAUGUUUUGUGUAAUAUUGAGUGGUUUUUGAGAGCAAAUGGCAUUAGACCUGAUGAGAUUGAAAGAGAGGAUGGUACAUUUGAAACGGCUUGUGAAAGGAUUCGGUAAUUGUUUUAACUUAUAUUGA